AUGGAUAAUAAUAAUAGUAAAAUAAUUUCGAUACCGCCAUCGACGUCAUCAUCGUCAACAUCAUCGUCUUCAUAUUCAAAACAAAUGUCUAUUACACCACCUGACAAUCAUCAUCAUCACCAUCAUCAUGAUGGAUCUUCUUACAUAUCAAAAGCAUCGCGGGAAAAGCAGUUUGUUCAUACUGCCAACAAGAUAAUGUCUGAUGCAUCUCUCAAUGACGACACUGUUAUCAUCCACCAACAAGACUCUGCUGGAAGCAAGACAAAGACCAACAACAACAACAAAACAAAGAAAACGCCAGAAAAAGUAAAGGUUAAAGAUAAGACCAAAGACAAGGAAAAGGAUAAAGAAAAGGAUAAAAAGAACAAAACAACAACAACACCAACAAAGAGUAAUCCAAAAGCAUUGGUUAGAUUUCACAAGAAUGGUACUAUAAACAAUAGUGAUGAAUCAUCACCAUCAUCGCAUCAUGGUGAAUCAAUCAAUUUAACGUCGUCAUCAAAGAGUAUUAUAAAAAUAGAAAGAGAUGAAGGUAACCAAAGUGGAGACGAGUUGUCAAUCGAUAGUUGCAACAGCAGUAAUACUAGCAGUGGAUGCAAUAGUGAUACGAGCGACAAUGAAAGAGAAAAAGAGAAAAAGAAAGAUUCUGCAUUGGAUUCGAUUGUCUCGGCCGUUGGAGAAAACGUUCAACAGAUUCAACAACACUUGGCCAACAAUCUCAACCACAUUACCAACAAUGAAUUGACUAAAAAGAUUGGAGAGAAGCUUCGAAAAAAGAAACGUGAAAAUAUGAUGGAUCAACGUCCACCAAACGAAUCAUUCUCUAUUGAUAUUGGUAUGAUGUGGUUACUCAAGAGUAUUGAAAGAACUGCCAUUCAAGAACAUGUCUGUGAAAGAAUAGUUCAAUUACCUCAUACAGAUUUUCAAUUGUUUUUACCUCAAAUAGUUCAUGUUUGUAUAGUAUAUUCACCAGAACCAAUUAUUUCAAUGUUACUACAAAAAUGUAAAGAUUCACUCGUAGUAGCAGUUCAAACUUUCUUUUUACUUGAAUCUACUGCAAGUGAUAAGAAUCCAAAUACAUUCCAACAAGCAAAGUCAUUAUGGAAAAGAUGUGAAUUAGCAUCAAUUGGAUUAAUAGAUAUUGCAAAGUUGUAUAAAACUAAUCAAAAAAAGUUAGAGUUUUCAAUAUCUGACAAAUCAAUUAUGAUUGAUGAACAAUAUAUGGAUAAAGUAUUACAAGAACAAUCUCUAGAACAACAAAAUCAAAUCAUUGAAAAUCAUCAUUAUCAACAACAAUUACAACAACAACAACAACAACUAAAUAAUAAUAAUAAUAAUAAUCAUUUUACCAUGAAUCAAUAUAAUGGUAGUAAUGAUAAUAAAUUCCUAGGGGCUACUAUAAUAGUUGAGGAACAAGUCGAAAAAUUAUCAUUAUUAUCAAAUGUAAAUAUUAAUACACCACCCAUCACCAAUUUAACAUUAUCAAAUGAUAAUGAAAACCAACAGAAUCAACAACAAUCAACAACAUCAACAUCAACAUCAACAUCAACAUCAACAUCAACAUCAACAUCAACAUCAACAUCAACAUCAACAUCAACAACAACAACAAAACAACCAAGACAAAUCAACAAUAAUACUACAUUUUUCCCAUUGGACAACUCUCCAACUAUGAAUGGUAAAACAUUAGAUACAAAACUUUCCUAUUCAACGACAACCAUGGGGCCACCAUCUGCCUCUUUAUUGUCAGCAGCAUCCUCUUCAUCUUCUACGACAACUUCUGAUCCAAGUUCAUUCAAUAGUAUUGGAAAAUUAAGAAAAUCAAAUAGUAAUAUUGAUAAUGGACGAUGGUCAAAUGGAUUGAGAUUGGCAUCUACAUCGAAUAAUCCAUAUCUCUAUUGCUACGACAUGCUAGAGGUAAAAAACAACGACCAAAAGAUAUUCACAUACAACACUUUUUAUUCAGAGAUUCACUUUAUAAAUAUCCUCUCCAAGAUUGGUACCUUUUUGCUUUCGAUUCCACCAACCAAUGGAAGAGACUUGCAAAAGCAGCAACGAAAUGUGACGCUCAGGAUGAUGCUCAAACAGCUCAACGACCAGCUCUUUACGCGAUCCAACAUUAUCCUCCCCGUCUAUCCAUCGUUUCACGUAUUGUCGAUUGUUCAUGACGAAGCGAUUUGUCUAAACUCUAGAGAGCGUGUUCCAUUCAUGUUGUAUCUCGAGGUACGUGUGAUUGACCAAGACAAUACAAUGUACUCGCUCAAUUGCGACGUUGAUCCCGACGAGUCAUCUGAAAGAUUACACGUGAUUGGUGACAAUGAAGAGAUGGGAGACAGCUGGACAAUGCUAGACGACGACACUAGUCUGUCGGAAAAGAGUCAUCCCAUCAACCAAGUGUUUGGCGAAAAGUGGAAGGAAAAGGAGAAUCGUGUCUACAAGACCACCCCGUUUAGAGAGGUGGCUGGAUGGCGUCUCAUCUCGUUUAUCGUCAAGAGCGGGGACGACCUACGUCAGGAACAACUUGCCAUGCAACUCAUCAACCAGUUUCACCGUGUGUUUCGCAAGACCAACCUACCUAUCUGGUUGCGUCCGUACCUUGUGAUUGCCACGGGACAGGAUUCCGGUCUCAUCGAGACUAUACCCGACUCGUCAUCCAUCGACACACUCAAAAAGAAAUGCUCCAAUUUCACGACACUCACCGACUACUUUGUACGUGCGUAUGGUGACAAAAAGGCCAAGCGCUAUACACGCGCCCAAACCAACUUUAUCGAGUCGUUGGCGGGAUACUCGCUGAUAUGUUACUUUUUGCAAAUCAAGGAUCGCCACAAUGGCAACAUUCUCCUUGACCGCAUGGGCCACGUCAUCCACAUUGACUAUGGCUUUUUGCUCACCACUUCACCGGGCUCUAUCAAUUUUGAGUCGGCACCCUUUAAAUUGGUCGACGAGUACCUCGAGCUCAUGGACGGCAAGAAUAGCGAGCGGUUCCUCUAUUUCAAGACGUUGCUGCUCGCCGGCUUCCUCCAGGUCAGAAAACACCAUCAAGAGUUUAUGAUGAUGAUCGAACUCAUGUAUCCCCAUACAUCACUUAAAUGUAUUUGUAAAGAGGGAACAUUGCAAGCGUUUAAAGAUCGUUUCAGACUCGACCUAAAGACCGACCAGGAAUGUAGUGUCUUUAUUGAUCAGUUGGUAUCUCAAAGUAUGGGUAAUUGGACUACCUCAUCUUAUGAUACUUACCAAUAUUAUACAAAUGAUAUCUUUUUUGAAGAAGAUCUAGCUAAUCAAAAUUCUACCUCAUUCAGUACUUGGGUUUCUAGUCAUCCAGACAAGUGUAAUGACAUUCCUAGGUCUUUUUACCAAAAUUCAUUAUUAAGUUUACAACGUUCAAGGUUGUCCAAAGAAGAAUUUGAUCAAGAACUUGGUCGAGAGCUCAUCAAACAGGUCAAAAACCAUCAAAAAGGUAUCCAAAUGAAUCAAUUAUUGGCUAAAGUUUGUGUAUUGAUCAAAGAUUAUCGUAGUAACAUUACUUUGGGAGAGUCUGCAAAAAUAUUACAAUCUAAUCUUAAAUUGUUGACUCAAGCCAAACAGAUCUACUUUACACUUGUAGGUGGUUUGAGACUUUACUUCCACGGGCAACCACAACCACAACGAAAACGAAAGAUACAACAACAAUCACUACCGCAACAACAAGAGGAAUCCCAUCAAGCUCUCUUGGAGCAUAUGGAGGUGCCAACAACAACUUUUCCAUCACUGAGCCAAAUGGUAAACAAUAUUGUAGAUCCGAGACAAAUCGAAAUAGUAGCAGUUAAAGUUGAGCAACCAACUACACCACAAUCUGAUGACUGUAUUCAAACAACAGCCACCACUACCCACACAAUAGUGGCUCCAGAUGUGGAGGAGGGAAUUCAUAUUCCUCUUUGGAUAAUAAUUCCAAACAAGAAUUGA